CCACACACACGCAGCGAGCGCUCUGAAACGGAAGCGGAAACGUGGCAACCCGUUACCCGUGAACUGUGACCCGUGAACGGUGACCCGUGACCCGCGAACCGUGACUCGUCGUGUGUCGGCCUGCUCGGCUGGCUUUCGUAUCUGGCGUCUCAAUCGGAAUUGGAAUUGGAAUCGCGUCAUUGGAGUGACUGAUUUCGAGUUGCGUGCUGGUGUGAAGGCUCGCGGGAUGAGUGCUGCUUACGUAGCGUAAGGGGAAGUUACGUAAGGCACAGGAAAGGACCUCCGUGCCCCGCGGCAAAGGACUUAAACGCAGCGCGCUCGAAUGCGUUACGUUGCGCAUGAGAUGGCGGCACGCAGUUCGCGCUACAUUUACUUCGACCACGACCAUCGAAUCUAGUCCGCUCUUAGCCAAAAAGUUAUAAGUAAUUCGAGAGCCCCACAAAUUGCGCAUGAAAUGUUGGUGGAAUACUUUAUGGCGCUGCUCGUGAUCAUGGGAUUAACCGCUCCAGUCGACAAGCAGAGCCGGCGCACCAGCCAAUACUUCGGUCACCUGGCCGCCGCCGAGGAACUGUCCAAUCUGAUACCAGAUAACUACGAUGCCCUCGAUCCCAUCUUCGACAACUCCACGGAUCGGGAGAUCAUCGCCGCCCUGGGCACCACUGCCCGCCUCCAUUGCCGGGUGCGUAACCUGGGCGAUCGGGCGGUAUCCUGGAUCCGGCAGAGGGAUCUCCACAUCCUGACCAUCGGCAUCAUGACCUACACAAAUGAUCAGCGCUUUUUGGCGCGGCACAUCGACAACUCCGACGAGUGGGUGCUCAAGAUCGUUUCGGUGCAACCGAGGGAUGCGGGCGUCUACGAGUGCCAGGUGUCCACGGAGCCCAAGAUCAGUCUGGCCUACAAGCUGGUCGUCGUGACCUCCAAGGCCCAGAUCCUGGCCAACCGCGAGCUGUUCAUCCAGAGUGGCAGCGACAUCAAUCUGACGUGCAUCGCUCCGCAGGCCCCGGGACCCUACACGCACAUGAUGUGGCACAAGGACACGGAGCUGGUGAGCGACUCUGCAAGGGGCGGCAUCCGGGUGGUGUCCGAGCAGCAGAUGAAGACCAGCAACCUGGUGAUAUCGCGCGUCCUCAACACGGACUCCGGGAACUACACCUGCUCCGCGGACAACUCCAAUUCUGACAGCGUCUUUGUGCAUAUCAUUAAGAGUGAGCAGCACGCGGCCAUGCAGCACGAACUGGGGUCGAGGCUGGCUCUGCCCCCCCUGCCCCUGCUGCUCCUGGCGGUCCUUCUGGUCGUCCUGCGGGCACCCGCACCCCUCGCGGCCCGCCCACCCCUCUAAGCCCGGCCAAAGUCGAGCGGCAACUUAUGUUCGAUGUCUGGAGUCCUGGGAGUCCGGGAGCCGGGCCACGCCCCCCCUUACAACCACCGCCCAUGACGAUACCCAUGCCCAUGCCUGGGAUAACACCCCCUUGGAGAAAUUGCUGGAUGGAGGUUAACGACGUCGAUGUCGCGUUGUCUUGUAAAUAUGUAAAUCGAGUUUUUGUUUAUGUUUGUGUUUUGUGGCUCAGUCUCUAAGUAUUUUUAUACGUAAUUAAGUAAAUAGGUCGAAAGUGCAUAUGUGGCCAUAUAGAGCCAUCUAGCAGAUACAUUAUGUGCACACGAUCGCAUACCUAGAGAUACCAGAGGGCGAGCAAUCGAAUCUGCAACAGAGAAACCGAAUCGAAUCGAAUCCGUAACGAAUGUAAAUAAAUGUUUAAUCUUAAUAAUA